AUGGCGCCUCGUAAGGAUCGCGGGGUUAACCAACUCUCAAAGAUGAUAAUAGAGAAAGACUCUCUAGUCUGCAGCUUUACUAGCCUUCCAAGUGGAAUGUUUGGACUUCAAAAAUUCCUUCUCAACUUGAGCCUUAUGGUGGAUAUUGCAUUCAUCUUCGCGUGCCUCCUCAACUACGUGAGCUUCCACGUAGGAAAUGACUUUUAUGCUGUUUCGGUUUCUUUUGUUCAUGUUGGAGCUGUCGUUGUCUGCAUUGUGAUCCUUCUGGCCACCAUCUACGCUACCUACGGACUCGUCGUCAUGAAUCUUCGCAAGCUCUGCACCGUUCUUUUCAUUUGGCUUGGACACCUAGCUUGCGCUGGAUUCUUCCUGGUUGCUGUGGCCAUUGCUUGGUUCAAAAACUUCAACUACGAUCCCUUCUCAAUCCAACAGUCUACUUGCCGAUUCACUCGUAUUCCGGAUGCGUGUGACGUGUCUUUGAAACAAUACCUGGCCGCCGUAUCUGCUUUUGUCAUCUGCAUCUCCCUUUUUAAAUUUGCCCAGAUUCUUUGUCUCCGUGCUUUGUGCAUUUUCAGCCAAGAUAUCUUCCAAUAUGUGGACUGUGAGAGCUUCUACAAUCGUUGUCUGACUGAACCGGAUCGUCGCCGCAAGCAAGUUAUUCGUCGUGCUCAAAGAGAGGCUCAAGGGAACGUUGCUGCAGCUGAGGAGAGCGAAUCGGAUGAUGAAGACGUUGUUGUCUUCGAACGAGUGACUGGUCGCUAUCCGGGAGGCAGUACUAUCAAAGACAACAGUAUUGCCUGA